CUGUGUUUGGCGCUUCGUUUUCACUUUUCAAUGGCUUUCAGAAAACGCGAUUUCCCAGAAGCUGAUCAAGAAGUGGCGGUUUCUCACUCAAACAAGACCAACCAAUCUCCAUCUUCACCACCAUCUCCGUCCAUUUCGCCACCGCACGUCGUUCUCAACCCCGCCGACUGCGACCUAGAUUUCAAUAUUGAAUGCAACGGGCUUGUUGGACACGCUCUUCACGAGCAAGGUUUUGGUUAUUGCUGGUCUGGUGCGCGAGCCACCAUUGGAAUAACCAAGGGUAGAUACUGUUAUGGCUGCAAAGUUCUUUCUGCACAACCUGUUCACAUUGACGAUACUGCCCCUGAUCAGAGGCAUGUUUGUCGUCUUGGUAUUUCAACAGGGGGUGAUAGGGUUGGAUCCCUUGGGGAGUCUCAACACAGCUUUGGUUACGGCGGGACCGGGAAGUUUUCGAAUCGGGGGAAGUUUGAGAGUUUUGGGGAAAGGUUUGGUGUUGGUGAUACGAUUGUUUGUUGCGUUGAUCUUGACGCGAAACCGUUGGCUUCUAUUGGUUUUGCCAAGAAUGGGAGAUGGUUAGGUACUGCAGGUGAAUUUGAUGUUGGUUGUUUAGGUCUUGGAGAGGGGAAAGAAUGGAAGUCUGCGGUUUUUCCGCACGUGCUGUUGAAAAAUGUUGCGGUUCGGAUGCAGUUUAGUGUUGAGGAUGGACUUGUUCCGAAAGAAGGGUUUAAGCCUUGGGCCGCGGCUGUUGAGGAUGGAGAGAUGGUUAUGGGGCCUGCUCUUGCUGAUAAGAGGGAUUGUGAAGUGAUGAUGAUGGUGGGGUUACCGGCUUCUGGCAAGAGUACUUGGGCGGAAAAAUGGGUGAAGGAUCACCCCGAGAAGCGUUAUGUUUUGCUCGGGACAAACUGCAUUCUUGAUCAGAUGAAGGUACCUGGACUGUUGCGGAAACAAAACUAUGGUGAAAGAUUUGAUUGUUUGAUGGAUAGGGCAACUGAAAUAUUCAAUGUAUUGCUAUCCAGGGCAGCUAAUAUACCUCGCAAUUAUAUAAUCGACCAGACAAAUGUGUACAAAAAUGCACGUAGGCGAAAGCUUAAGCCAUUUGCUGACUAUCAGAAGAUUGCUGUUGUUGUAUACCCAAAGCCAGAAGAGCUCCGGAUGCGGUCUGAGAAAAGAUUUAGAGAAAUGGGCAAAGAAGUUCCGCAAGAUGCUGUGAAUACAAUGAUAGCUAAUUAUGUUCUACCUAAAAGCAAGGAUAUGCCUCAUUCAGAUGAGUUUUUUGAUCAGGUUAUGUUCGUAGAACUGAACCGAGGCGAGUCUCAAAAAUAUUUGGAUCAGAUGAAGCAGGAUCUUUCAUCUCCAUCUAACAAUGACCCAUCUACAUUAUCUCGUGGAGGUUCUUUUCCGCCUUCUGCUGGAUCUGGUUUGCAAAGUCAAGGAUGUUUGACAGGCAAUGGUGUUCUCCGGCGAGACUCUUAUUCCCCUAUCUCCCCACCGAGCUAUGGGAUGCUUAGUCAAGUUAAUGCAGAUCGUCGUAUGACCGAACUUCAUGGGAGUAUGAAUUCAUUGUCUGGAGUAUAUCCAAGUAGUCAAAUUCCACACGUUGCCCGAGCACGCCCUCCUCCUCUACCUUAUUCCUAUAAUGAAUCAAGUUUUCCUAGCGAUAAUGCUGGCUAUGAUCCAAAUUAUGGUGUCAUUCCUAGGGGUGAUAUCGAAGCUUGUAGCCACUCCAGAGUGGAUGGCCAAUACAGGUCAAACAUUGUAGGGAACAAUAUGGUUCCUCCUGGUGCUUUUCCUAAUCCCUACAUGAGUAGUAUGAAUGAACCUUCUCCAAUUGCAAGUGCAAGGAGAAUGGCUUUCAACCACAGUACUCCAGAUAGACCUUAUAGUGGCGACAGAGAUUUCCGGCCUGACCUGCAUACUCCCUCCCCAACCUCAUAUUCACUUUCUCGGUAUGGGCCACCGGCUCCAAGACCUACAUAUGAAGGGGUACCUGAUUCUUUGCGGUAUCCAGGGAGGUAUGCCCCUCAGCGUCCAAGAUACUCCUGAAUGCUCUAUAGCUGGUCUCUGAAAUUAACUGUGUCAUUAUGGUGAAAGGGAUCAAAGCUCACUGACCACUAUAGUUUGUAAAUAUGGAUGCCUGUUCUUUUUGCAGAUGUAUAUGAAUGGUGAAUGGAAGGUGAGGUUCAAUUUGUAGGUGAAAAAAAAUAAAGGAAAUGUAUAAGUUUUUUGUUAGCUUUCUGAACACUUAUUAUCCACUUAAAUAAUUACCCAAUGAGUGACAUCCAGACCAGCGGUUUAAUUGGUU